ACUGCUGGCUUCCAGGAGAAACUCCACGACGUCCUUUUUUGCAAGCUCUACAUUGGAUACAGCAACACAUCGCGGUCGUGAGGUCACAGCCUCCAGAUCGGACCACACAGAGAAACAUGCUAGGAACCAAGGUUCUGAUGGCAUUAAUGCAGGCAGCUCAGUCUUUGAAAGCACUGGUUCUUUUGAACGUAUUCUCCUUCGCAAUGAACACUCUGCGGUAUCCGGCCAAGCUUCAUCCCAUUCUGCUCAAAGGUCUUCCUCUCCUACUCGACGCGCCUCCAUUUCCAGCCAACGUUCUGCUGCUUCAACGAAUAGCCACCAGACCGGCCAUCUCUCUUCUAGUCCUGACCGCAGCAGACUGCCUCCAAUUCAAGAAGCGACGAGAGAACACGGACAGCGUGAUAUAACUUCCUUGACUGGUAAUCACUCGCAAGGGAUCCUGAAGAUACC